GAAAUGGAUCAAAUUAAAGAAUCCCAUCAAGGCAAACAAGACGUGUCGUUAAAAAAUUAUGAUACAAAAACACAACCGCAAAUUAAUUACAAUAUUAAUGCGUCUAAUUAUCCAGAAAAUAAUCAUAAUCUUUUCCAAAUGAUUAAAUGUCAUGAAGACAGCUUAUUAAGGCUACACCACCUAACUGCUGGGCGUCAAAUUAACAGCACUUACGAUACCAACUAUCAGAACGAUCUAUCAUGGUACCCAAAAGAUUUCCAAAGACAAUACAUUAAGCCAGUCGAUUAUUUGGCGUAUGAGGAUAUGAGACGCAAAUUUGAUGAAUCUAAAGGUGCGAAAGAGAGAGAUGUACGCAAAGAGUCUGAGGAGGAAAAAGAUGGAAAAAUUGAUGAAAGGAAAAAGCCAAGAAGGAAUAGAACAACAUUUACAAGUCAACAACUGGCAGCAUUGGAAAAAGUUUUCGAAAAAACUCAUUAUCCAGAUGCCUUUGUUCGAGAAGAUUUGGCAACGAGAGUGAAUUUAACCGAAGCUAGAGUACAGGUUUGGUUCCAGAACAGACGCGCAAAAUUUAGACGCAAUGAGAGAUCAGCUUUGUCAUCUCACAGAACGUCAACCAGUCAGAGUUCACCAGAACCUAUACCAGUACCUAUAGGUAUCCCACAAGGUGAUCCUCGGCAGGAAUACAAUCGUAACCCAAAAGAACCUUGGCUACAUCACUUUCAAGCCAAUAACCUUAACUUUAACCUCGGAAUUCCUAUUAGCAAUUCAGGACUAUACCAAAAUGAUUACAGUUUCAUGAUGCAGAAUGUAGGCAACAGGCAAUACUCGAAUUCAAAUACACUAAUUGGACAAAAUGUGCCCAGUUAUGGAAGUACAUCAGACAACAGUUAUGGCUCCUGUGCCUUAAUUGGUGGUUAUAAUGGAACACUACAGCCUGCACAUCAUAGUUCGUACAAUUUGAAUUUAAGACUUCGUCCCCAUGACUUUAGCAUAAAUAAUAUAACACUGUAA